AUGUCUCCUUCGUUUCGUGGGCACUUCAGCUCAACCUGUGCUGCUCUGCUCGCUUUCGGCAGUCUUGCAAAGGGGCUACCUCAAGACAGCAGUACCAGCAGCAAUGACACGUUCAGUACACUCGGCAGCUCUGCAAAGCAGUUCGAUUAUGUGAUCGUGGGCGGAGGCCUUUCGGGGCUCGUCGUUGCCAAUCGCCUCUCGGAAGACAGCAGAGCAUCUGUUCUUGUCCUUGAAUUUGGACCAUUCGACCGAAGCAACACGACCUUAUGGCCAGGCAACGCUGUCCUACUCAACUCGGCAGACAUGUUCAACAUUACUUCGGCUCCGGAACCUGGGAUGAGUGGAAACGCCUAUUCCGUGUUAGCAGGUUCAGUGCCAGGAGGUGGUUCGACUGUCAAUGGUAUGGAGUUGGACCGGGCUUCGGCUGCAGACUAUGAUUCUUGGGAGCAGCUGGGAAACCCCGGAUGGGGUUGGUCGGGUCUGUUCCCUUACUUCAAAAAGGCAAACAUCAUCUCACCCGCUCACUGGACUUCUGCUGAUAGAAUAUUCAGAUACAACUACACAUGGGACACCUCUGCGUAUGGGAACGGACCAUUGCAGGCCUGUUACCCAGAGUUCCAGUAUCCUGACAAUUAUCCUUUCUUCACUGCAUUCGAGGAAUGUGGCGUCCCCUUCAUACGCGAACAUGCUCUCGGUAAUGCUGUCGGCGUCUUCUGGACUCCUGCCUCCGAAGACCCCAAAAAGAAGACCAGAUCAUCCUCGCUCAAUGCAUACUAUGACCCUGUGUCUUACCGUAGCAAUCUGAAGAUGUUGACUGAGUACCAAGUGACCCAGGUCUUGUUCGACAGAAGCCUUACGGCGCAGGGUGUUGAAGCCAUUGACAGGACCACUGGGAAAGUGUAUCAAUUCAAGGCGAACAAGGAGGUCAUCCUCGCGGCUGGCGGAGUCCAUACACCUCAAGUCUUGCAACUCAGUGGUAUCGGACCGAAAGAUGUCCUGAAAGCCGCCGGCGUGCCCGUAAAGCUCAACUUCCCUGCCGUUGGAAGCAAUUUCCAGGACCAUCCUACCGCCUAUCUCAACUGGAACUUAAAUGCCACGUUCCCUUAUCCAGGUAUUUUGUUGGCUAAUGCCACAUACAAUGCCGAAGCAGUGUCUUUGUAUCUCAACAAACUGACCGGUCCAUAUACCAAGGCUCAAGGCAGCAGCGCCGGCUUCCUAUCGCUCAAUAUGAUCACCAACAAGGCAUCGUCCAUGAUUUCAUCGCUCUUGGCCCAGAAUGCUGCCAGUUAUUUGCCUCCGAUCUAUAGCUCGAGCAAGGCACUCUUGGCCGGCUUCGCAGCGCAACGCACGAUCCUCGCCAGCCAGAUCAAAUCAGGCAAAGUCGCUGUUCUCGAGGUGCCCUUCCAGGGAAGUGGCUCGGUUCCAAAUGCUAUGCAGAAACCACUCUCUCGUGGAACUGUCUACUUGAACGCCAGCAACCCUCAUGGAGAACCAGUGGUGACAUACUACGCUUUCAGCAACCCCUUUGACAAGACACAGCUUGGUAUCAUGGUGAACUUUACACGUGAGUUGAUGGCCACAGAUGCUCUCGCUCACCUGGCUCCUGUCGAGACUGUGCCGGGCCCACAAUACAAGACCGAGGAUGAGAUUUUCAACCAAUUGUUGGUCUCCAAGUCCCCUUUCGGAUCUUCCGCGCUGAGCCCAACAUUCGCACACCCAAGCUGUUCAUGCCCGAUGAUGCCACAGCAACUCGGAGGUGUGGUGAGCUCGGACUUGUUGGUCUAUGGCACGAGGAAGCUCAGCAUUGUCGACUGCUCGAUCUUGCCAAUCAUCCCAGCAGCUCAUUUGCAGGCCACGAUGUACGCGGUGGCUGAGAAGGCAGCCGACCUUAUCAAGAAACGCAACAGAAAUUGA